UUUUUCGACGUCAACAACACGGAGGCCUGUGGCCAGACCUCGCAAUCCCAUUGGUCCAAACGUGGGGGUGUGACAGAGGUCACAGGCCGCCGUGUCACAGUAGCUACAGCAGCGGCGACAGCAGUACGUAGUUGUACGACAUGACUUCCUACACAGACAAGGGUCCCAAGCCUGAAUCGGGAAGUUUCGUUGGGUUCGACCACAUAACGUUUUGGGUUGGAAAUGCAAAGCAGGCAGCAUCCCACUACUGUGUGCGGCUGGGCUUUUCCCCCUUUAUGUAUAAAGGCUUGGAAACAGGAAGUCGCCAAGUGGCUGCACAUGUUGUGAAACAGAAUAAGAUCAUCUUUGUGUUCCAGUCUAUGCUGGAACCUAAUAACCCUGCAGAAAUAGGAGAUUUCUUGGCAAAGCAUGGUGAUGCUGUGAAAGAUGUUGCAUUUGAAGUUAAAGACCUGGAAGCAAUUGUUGAGCAUGCAGUUGCACGAGGUGCACAGGUAGUGGCGGCACCAUGGGAGGAGAGUGAUGAGCAUGGAACAAUAAGAAUGGCACGUGUUCAGACCUAUGGGGACACAACUCACACCCUUAUCGACCGGUCUGGCUACACUGGGCCUUUCUUGCCAGGCUACAAGGCUGCACCAUACAAAGACUGUCUUGCUCAGUUGUUGCCAGAAACUGGUCUUCAAGUUGUGGACCAUAUUGUGGGCAACCAACCUGACCUGGCUAUGAAUGAUGUUGUAAACUGGUAUGAAAGAACACUUUUAUUUCACCGAUUCUGGUCCGUGGAUGACAGCCAGAUUCACACUGAAUUCUCAUCAUUGCGCUCAAUAGUGGUGACCAACUAUGAGGAGACCAUCAAGAUGCCUAUCAAUGAGCCUGCACCUGGCAAACGCAAGAGCCAGAUUCAGGAAUAUGUUGACUACAAUGGGGGAGCUGGGGUUCAGCAUAUUGCUAUGAAAACUGAUAACAUCAUUGAUACGCUCACCAAACUGAAGGAAAGGGGACAGCAUUUCUUAGAAGUCCCAGACACCUACUACAAGACACUGCGAGAAAAACUCAAGACAUCCAAGGUCAAGAUCCAGGAAGAUUUGGAUGAGCUGCAGCGCCUGAGGAUCUUGAUUGACUAUGAUGACCAUGGCUACCUUCUGCAGAUUUUCACCAAAAACAUGCAGGAUCGCCCCACCCUCUUCCUGGAAGUCAUUCAGCGCCGCAAUCACUCUGGCUUUGGUGCUGGGAACUUCAAGUCUCUCUUUGAGGCUAUAGAGAUGGACCAGGCAGAGCGUGGCAACCUGUAGCCAGUACUUUCAGAUCUGUGAUGCACUUGGGUUUAACCAGGACUAAAUUCAGAUGCAAUUUGUUGAGUUUACAGAGAUUAUUUUUGUUGAACUAAUUCAAUUACCAUGUUCACAUAUAUUUUUAUGCUCAACUUUGAGUUAGGUGAAAAUGAAUAGCUCAUUCCACCAUCAGUCCAUUAAAAAUGUUACAUGUUAAUCCAAGAUGUGUGCAUGUUACUGAUGCAAGAAGGCAGAAGUGACAUAAAUUAUUGUGAUACUAGAAUUAAUAAUGACUAUUCAUUAGCUGCUGCCUCCUUAGAAAAAAAAAGUUACAACCAAUAACAAAGAGCAUGGCGGCAUUAAAACAGCAAUGCAAAAAUAUUAAUGAAUAUUAGAGCAUUUGAAAACACUGCGGAGUUUAGAGAGAAUUGAACAGAGCUAUUAUGUUCAUAAAAGAAAUAAUUUGUGACUGAAUUACUGAUGCAUUAUGAAAUUUGAUGGAACAGGAACUGCAAAUACUGAUACUCUCCAGAAAAUGUGAUGCCCAAUUGUUUCAUGCACAUUGUAGUCUAUACUGGUAUUUGGCCACCUUUAAUUUUCAAAUAACUAUGAAAAAAUAUAUUUUUAGGCAGGAAAAUACUUCAUAAAUGAUGUAAAAAAAGAGAGAUCAUGUGUCAUUUCUUAUGGAAUGUCAGUGUUGCAGACAUUUUCCACUCUAAUAGAUAUAAUUAAGUUUGCAAUCGAUUUUUCUUUUUCACAACUUUAUAGAUUUACAUACACCAAGAAUUUCUUUACCUUCAUGGUUUGUAGUUCUAAACAAAACAUAUAGUGUCUUUAAAAUCACAUUAAUCUGAUUUCGCCUGCAUCAUCAAAAACUACAUGGUACAAACAUCUGACAUGGGCGGGAGAAAGAUAAUGUAAAUAACAAUAGAACUGGAUCAUGGGUUAUACACAAAAUGGAUAUAGUUUUCCAGCCAUGUAUUUUUGUUAAUUGAAAUUUUUUUUUUAUACCAUGAUGCAUCUUGCAGUUUGAUUUCAGCACAAAUUUUUGUGCUUGUCAUUGUAUAAUUGCCAAUUUACUAAGAAAAUCUGUUUUCAGCCUUUAUAUCCUACUUUGCUUAGUAGACUUACUAAAAGUUUUUCAUUUAUUUUUAUCAAGAUGUAGAUUUCAGCAAUCUUAUUUUGUAGAGCUAAACAGUCCAGUACAACAGACAGUCCAGAUGGAUAUUUCACCUAAAUCCUGCACAAUGUCCUAAUUUUUCAAAAAUAGAAAUGAUGAAAAUAUCCUUAUAAACAAAGAUGUCUGUAUACUUUAUAUUACUAUGCUAUCAGAAUCUUUACAAUUCUGAAUCUUCUUUUGUUUCCUAACAGUUUAUGUUUGAUGUGGGCUUUUAAGAAAGGUGUCAUGAGGAAGAUUUAACCUGUAUCUUAUCAGAUACCUGUUUUUUCUUUGAUCUGAAAGGGGACUCUGCCUUUAAAAAAAAGGAAACAUUUCAAGUCAUGGGCUCUGUUUAACUUAUAUAAUCCAAAAAUACCGCUGUAUGCGGACUUCAAGCACACAAUAUCUAGAAAACUACUUCUUUUACAUACAGAUGUUUAGUCUCUGUAUCUCUAAAAUCAUGAUUAGAUGAUGGUAGAAUUUGCGAAAGGCCCUUUUGGCAGCUCUAUACAGAGGACUUGAGCUAAUGUCAAGCAUGUGAGCACAGGUAUAAAGAAUGAUAAGCUACAUUCCAUUACAUUAAAAAGAUUUUUAAAGAUGUAUAUAUAUAUUUUAUGUUCUGACAGUAUAAAGCAACACAUUUACUGCAUUACAUGAUUUUGAGGUUAUUCAACAGCCACACAAACUCUUUUUUUUUUUUUUUCUCAGCUUACACUUCUGGUUGACUUUUUUCCAUAUGAGCAUGUGUUACACAUUAAUCACUUUCUUCUAAACUGCCAGCUGAGUUUCAUGCUAAGAAUAUGCAUUUUUUUCAACGUGAAUAUUUGGGCGUUGGAGACAAAUGUGUUUCACAUAGGAAGGCCUUUUUAUGUAUUUUUCACUUGUAAUCCUGUAAUGAAUUCUGUAACUCUUACACCAUGUAUAAAUGAAGAUAUCUGUUCUAAA